AUGUACGCCUUGCUUAUGGAGAAUGCUGCGGAAGGAGGCUCAGAAGCUGGUUGCUCUGGAGCUGCGCCUGAUGGGCCUGGUGCAGGAGGGGAUGAGAUGUUUGGGCUUGGGACCUGUGCAGGAGGAGAAGAAGUUGGUGGAGGAGUUGAAGGAGAUGGCGUUGGUGUUGGUGUUGGUGUGGGUGGUGCUGGUGCUGGUGCAGGUACAGCCGCAGGAGGAGGCGUGUUCGCGGUAGGUGAUGGGGCAGGUGCUGACGUGGGUGGUAAUGGGGUUGCUGAUGGUGGUUGGGUGGGUGCAGGUCCAGGGGCUUGUGCUAAGCAUGCGGUGGCCAAAAGCCCAAACACGACAUAG